UUCCCACUCUGGGUGGUAGGCCAGUAAUCUGCUAUGCCACUGUGGUCUCUACUCAGCACCCAGGUCUGGGGUCCUGGCUCUGUCCUCCUCAUUCUGGUCUUCCUGCUUAGACUAAGUGUGCAGCUCUGGCAUAAGACUCAGCUCUGGGACCUGCAGCACUGCCCCACAGACCUAACCGGGAAGACGGCCGUGGUGACUGGGGCCAACAGUGGUAUCGGAAAGGUUGUGUCCCAGGAGCUGGCCCGCCGUGGGGCCCGGGUGGUCCUUGCUUGCCGUAGCCGAGAGCGUGGACAGCGAGCCCUGGCUGAGAUCCAAGCAGCCUCGAAGGAUGCCAGCCUUCUGCUUGGGGAGGUAGACCUGAGCUCCAUGGCCUCCAUCCGGAGCUUUGCCCGGUGGCUCCUGCAAGAGUGUCCUGAGAUACAUCUGCUGGUUAACAAUGCUGCAGUCUGUGGAAUCCCCAGGACACUAACCCCAGAGGGCCUUGAUCUCACCUUUGCCACCAAUUAUGUCGGGCCCUUUCUGCUCACAAAUCUACUGCAAGGAGCGCUACAGCGGGCAGGGUCAGCCCGGGUGAUAAACGUGUCUUCCUCUUGGCAAACACAAGGGUACUUUGAUGAGGAACAUCUGACAGGGGCUGGUGGACCUUUGACCUUCAACCAGAACUAUUUCUGCAGCAAACUGCUUUUGACCUCAAUCACUGGGGAAUUUGCCCGGAGGCUUCAAGGGACAGGUGUGACUGUGAACUCUGUAGAGCCAGGUGUUGUGUACACGGAGAUCAUGAGGAUGUUACCUUUGUAUUACCGCUUCUCCUUCUGGAUCUCCAGCUUCUUUAUUAAGGAUCCUACACAAGGUGCAAACCCAGUUCUCUACCUGAGCUUGGCAAAGGAGCUAGAUGGUAUUUCCGGAAAAUAUUUUAGCAGGUCCUGCGUGAUAAUUCCUCCCGCAAAAGCUGCUCAGGAUCCUCAGGUGGCCCAACGCCUCUGGAAUGCCUCAGUCAAACUAACAAACCUGGACAAGGUGGACUGAUCCUCUGAGACCCACAUCUAGAGUUCUUCAACAUUAAUUAUUUCCUUUGAAUCUGUAUGCUUUUGUACUUUAAUUAUAUUGUUAUUUUGUCAAACUCACAAAUCAGAUAUAUUGCUAUUAUUUAUAGAGUUGAGAUUUGUGUAGCUUUACCUAUAUGUUUAAUAUUUUCUUUGCUCAUUCUUCUUUCUUGUGUCUCAGAUCUUCCAUCUGGGGUUAUUUUCCUUCUAUCCAAAGUACAUCCUUUAGAAGUUCCUUUAAUGAGGAUUUGUGGUAGACAGAAUUCUAAGAUGCCCCAAGAUUCAUACCCUCUGUGUAUACAUUCUCUGUAAUCUUCUCCCCUUAAGUGUGAGCAGAACUAGUGAAUAUGAUGAAAUUUCAUGUCUGAUUAUGUUAUAUACCUGAAAUGUGGGAUUUUGCUGAAGUAAUUAAAGUUUGUAAUCAGUUGG